AUGCUUCGCUUCAUUACACGGUCCUCUUUAAGUGGCUGCGUGCUGCCCACAAAACCAGCAUCAUGGACAACAGUGCGACACGCGUCGCUCAACUAUGCUAUUGGCCGUGGCAUUCGCAGAUCUAGCCCUCGGCCAUCGUCCUCGAGCUUCUCAGACGAUGGAGACCGUCGUCCAAGGGGACAACGCGAUGGACGACGCGAUGAUACGCAAGGCCCACGAAAAUACCCACGCCGGGGUGACGACGAAGACAAGCCAUUCCGUGAGAGACGUUUUAGGUCGAAUGAAUCCGAUGGGCGGCAGGCUCCGCGUACUUACCCACGCCGGGAUGACAGACACGAAAAUUCAUUCAGAGAGAGACGGUUCAAGUCGAACGAAUCCGAUGAGCGGCAGGCUCCGCGCGGUUACCCACGCCGAGACGACAGACAGGAAAAGUCAUUUAGGGAUAAACGAUCUGGAUCGUCCACAUUCGAUCAGAACGAAUUCAUCCGGAGUGGCAGUUUUCAAGCUCUACCCCGUGAACACCAGGCCAGUGCAGCAUCAAGGUGGAACGAAGACAUGCCAACCUCAAGACCCAGACGAGGAAAUCCAAAGUCUUCAAUAAGACCUCGUUCCGAAUGGGUAUCAGAGACCAUGCCGGAACGCGUCAAGGACAACGUGAAAGUGCCCGACUCAAUUCCCUACACCACUCCGGCCUCAGAAUUCAUCUACGGCACCAGUGCGGUGGAAGCUGCACUCCGAUGCAGUCGGCGCAAGCUCUAUAAACUCUACCUUUAUCAGGCGGCCGAGGAAGAACUUGGCCCAGCCAAGGCGGCCCUUCGCAAGCUGGCUCUAACGAAGAACGUCACCACCAAGUUGGCCUUUGCAGGAUGGGAUCGGAUAAUGGAUAAGAUGAGCGCCGGUCGGCCACACAACGGGUGCAUUUUGGAAGCAUCGCCCUUGCCCAAACUGCCCAUUCGUGGCCUUCUUCCCGUUCCCACCACAACUGAUACUCAUUUCCGUGUGGAAUUAGCUCCACAGUCAAAGGAGGAAGCAUUAGUGAACGGUACAGACGACAGUCUGCCGGUUUGCCAACCGCCUGUUUCGACGGAAGGAGAUAUAUCCAAGCGUUUCCCCGUGGCAUUACUUCUAGACGGCGUGGUCGAUACCGGCAACCUAGGCGCUAUCAUCCGAUCUGCGUAUUACCUCGGAAUCGAUGCGAUCAUCUUUGCCGGUCGCAACUCUGCACCUCUAUCGCCAAUCACUAUCAAAGCAUCUGCUGGUGCAGCAGAGAACAUGUCCCUUCUUCAAGUCAAGAAUGAGGUUGAUUUUAUUCAACGCUCCCAAGCCAAUGGCUGGCGGUUCUACGCUGCCGACGCCCCGGGUCCGGGUGCCACAUAUCUUGGCCGCACUGAUGCCGACGGUAAUUCGAACAGCGGUCUUCUCGCCACCCAAGCUCCGAGUGUACUCAUGAUGGGCAGUGAGGGGUCCGGUCUCAGCGGACACAUCAAAUCACAUGCGGAUGCGACUGUCAGCAUUCCUGGCGCUCGACACAGCGUCGAGCUGGGUGUUAAAUCUGACCCCGCACGAAUCGACAGUUUGAACGUCAGUGUAGCUGCCGCAAUCCUGAUGGAGAUGUUUCUGCGGACACCUCUGGCCCUAUCUGGAUCUUUCAAGAAGUCCAAGGACAAGAUGUGGUAA